AUGACCGUGCAUCUAUUUGGGGCUGUAUCUUCCCAUAGCUGUGCCAACUUUGCUUUGAAGAAAACCGCAGCAGAUAAUCGAGCAGAUUUCAGCAGCAAGGCUGUAAGAACGGUCGAGCAAAACUUCUACAUGGAUGAUUGCUUCAAAUCUGUUGAUUCAGAAGAAGAUGCUAUCCAUCUAUCAAGUGAGCUAUCACAACUCUUGAAACGAGGAGGUUUCCGGCUAACCAAGUGGCUCUCAAACAAACGCAAGGUCAUUGAAUCUGUUCCUGUGUUGGAUCGGGCAGCGUCCAUCAGAGAUCUGGACUUUGACCACACCCUUAUGGAGAGAGCCCUUGGGGUACAAUGGCACGUGACUUUAGACACGUUUAGCUUUAAGAUUGCUACCAAAGAUAAACCCGCCACCAGAAGAGGAAUCCUCUCCGUGAUCAGCUUGAUCUAUAAUCCACUCAGCUUUGUGGCUCCCUUCUAUCUUUCUGCCAAGAUUCUUCUUCAAACCCUCUGCAAGAAGCAACUUGGUUGGGACGACUUAAUCCCUGAAGAGGACCUAAUAUGCUGGAAGAGUUGGUUGGAGGAACUACCUAGACUGGAACAAUUCUCUAUCGACAGAUGCUUCAAGCCUCCGAAUUUUGGUGAUAUCAUUUCCUGCCAACUUCACCACUUCUCUGAUGCCUCUCAGGUGGCCUACGGUGCUGUUUCCUACCUCAGGCUCGUAAAUGCCCAACACGAAGUUCACUGCUCGUUUGUUAUGGGAAAAUCCCAAUUAUCACCUCUAAAGCCAGUGACCAUCCCAAGAAUGGAACUGUCUGCCGCUGUACUCUCCACAAGACUGGACAGAAUGAUACGCCAAGAGGUAGAACUCCCUAUCAACGACUCCUUCUACUGA